UAGUGUGGCGAGGCCAGGAACGAUGGGCCGGAAGCUGGACCUGUCGGGCCUGACGGACGACGAGGCGGAGCAUGUCUUGAAAGUGGUCCAGCGGGACAUGAAGCUGCGAAAGAAGGAGGAGGAGAGGCUGAGUGAGAUGAAGCAGGAGCUGGCGGAGGAAGGCAGCAGAUGCUCCAUCCUCUCCAAGCAGCACCGCUUCAACGAGCACUGCUGCAUCCGCUGCUGCGCGCCCUUCACCUUCCUGCUCAACCCCAAGCGCCUGUGCCUGGACUGCCAGUACAACGUCUGCAAGACCUGCUGCACCUACAGCAAGAGGGACAAAGCCUGGCUCUGCUCUGCGUGCCAGAAGGGCAGGAUUUUAAGGACACAGUCACUCGAAUGGUAUUAUAACAACGUAAAGAGUCGCUUCAAGAGGUUCGGCAGCGCCAAGGUUUUGAAGACUCUGUACAGGAAGCACAUUAUAGAGAGAGGAGCGCUCUCAGAUCUCCCAGAAAGCAGCGUUCACGAGGGAAGCACCGGCAACGACAAUGAUGGCAGCAUCUGUGGCAGUGACUCCGCCUUCUACAAACAGAGUGAAGGACACAGUAUGGCAGAGACGCUCACAGUUGCCCUGCGUGUUGCUGAGGAGGCUAUAGAGGAAGCCAUCGCUAAGGCAGAGGAGUUCAGUGACAGCUUGGAGAAGCAGAAUGAGGCUCGGUAUCUGCAGGACCACAAAGAGGAGCUCAUAGAGGAACUUGCCACGACAAUAGUACAAAAAAUCAUUCAGAGGAGGAAGCGUUCAGAGAUGCAAACAGAGUAUGACUUUGUCUGGCCUCAACCUCAGUCCCUGAUCCAGCCCAGUGAACUCCCCUCUCCCACUCAGCCUCAAGCCUCUUCACAAGGACCACAGGACCCCCUCAAGACCUCCUACUCUCUCUGGCGGUCGCGGUCAGCAUUCUCCCUCACCAGUGACGACUCCCCGGAGAAGGGUCCAGAGGAGGAGGGUGCCGGGGCGGGCGGCGGCUUGCAGGACUACGCUUCUCUGAAGAGAGAGGGAAAGGCCACGUCUUUGCCCAGCUGGAAGAGUGUCGACCGCCUGGACAACUCCAGUGCAUCCUCAGUGCUCCAGAGCCCAGACGGUAACUGGAUUGCUCUUCACAGCUCACAGCUGUCUCGGCCCAGCCUGCUAACCAAGAGGAAGAGCCUGGUGUUCAGCGUGUUAGAAAAGGAGUCCGGCGUUGUCUCAGCAUACGACGAGAUGGGAUCUGACUCCGAGGACAAUGACGAAGGCGGCUGGGGUGCUGCAUUGAGACAGUUCCGGCGCAAACUUUCUGAUGAGACGUACUACACAGACUCGCAGCAUGACCCAGAAUGGACGUACACGCAGCACCUUCCCAUUACCUCACCGUCCUCUGGCCAGUACACCAACACAGAGACUCUCAACUCAGACUCAGAGGCCUCAUCAGUGCUGUCCGCCUGUCCUCGCAAACCGCCUCACAAUCUGAUGAGGAAGAAAGGACCACCGGACACACACCUGCACCCUCAUCACCAGCCGCUCUAUCACCAACACAUCCACCAGAACUUCUCUCCGUAUCCACUCCACUCAGAGGCACUGGAUGUCAACUUUAACCCUAAGGUGAUGGGAGACAGCAGCGAGGCCGAGGAGCGGCAGAGUGACCCGGUCAGAAGAUCACGGCGACGCAGGAAAAGCAAGAGAGAGUCAUCAACUGAGCAGAGCAAACCUGGAGGCCAGAGCCAGACACAGUCAAUCUACCCAUUAGCACAGGAGAAUAGUGGUUUUCUACUCAAUGCCCUUCUCAAGAGAGGUCUAAGUGAGGAACAGUCAGUACCUGACACUAUGUCAGUGGCCACAGCUGCACCAGACACCUUCAAAUUAGAUGCCAUGACACCCGAGCCAGAGGACUUGGACACAGUGGCCCCGAAUUCAGCAGCCCCCAGCCCCCCACAGCCCCACUCUCUGCCUCCAGGGUCCCAGCACCCGCUGAGCAGCACGGGGCCUGGAGACCCUCUGGAAGAGGAGCUACGUUCCAGACUCAGCCAGCUGGUCAGUCGUGCCAACAGCAAAGACAGCAGCUCAUCUGAGGAGGAGUGCACAAAGCGGCCCGCGGACAAACAGACAGAUAAAGAAAGUGACAGACAGAGAGAGAAGACGAGGCCAAAAGACACUGAAAGAGAAAGGCAGAGGGGAAGUGACAGAUUAAGAGACAGGGCCAGCAGUAAGGAAAGAGAGAAAGCAAGUGAAAUAGUGGAACAAGUCAACGGACAAGAGGUGAAGAGGAGUGAGAGACUGAUAAAGAGUCAUUCAGUGAGAGAGGAAGGAAGAGCUCGGGAGAGGAGGUUAGAGAUAGGAGUGGAAUGUUUGGAGGCAGGCGACCACGAGGAAAAGAGAGGAGAUAAGAGAGAGCCCAACAGACAAAGUAAGAGACAACAUAAAAGAGAUGUGGAGAAGGAAGCAGGACAAAGAGGAGGAGCAAGGAGGAGUGGAUCCAGCGCAAGCUCACCUGCUGUUACACCUUCUUCCCAGGAGGGGGUGCUGUCGGACAACCAGGAGGGACAGAAUGACUUCGAGCAACAGCAGAGGCUUCAGUUGCUCUCCUCUCUCUUACAGCAGCAGAAGUAUUCAGCGGCCUCGCUCUGCAGCAUCACCACAGAGGUGCUGAAGGUUUUGAACGCUACAGAGGAGCUGAUUGGUGAGGCGGGAGGUGAGACCUACACCCCAACUGAGUCCAUGAGUGCUUCUCCCAUCUCCAGCAGCUCUGAGACGCGCAGGCUGGACCAGAGGCUGACCAAGAUGGAAGAGAAUGUUUACUUGGCUGCUGGUGCUGUGUAUGGGCUUGAGGGGGCGCUGGGGGACCUGGAGCGGUGUGCCCGCAGUAUUCGAAGUGGCACCACAGACACAGAGCUUGCCUUCCUGGAGGACCAAGUGGCCACUGCAGCUGCUCAGGUUCAGCAGUCUGAACUACAGAUUUCAAACAUCGAGGCCAGGAUAUCAGCUCUGAAAACAGCUGGGUUGAAUGUGACUGUCUGCAAUCAUUUCUCCAAGUUUAAGCCAAAGGCUAAGCCUCAAACCCUGGACACAUCACGUCAUCAAAGGAGGAAGCUUCCAGCCCCUCCACUGAAAGAAAAGUUGGAGCCAGAGCAGCAGGUGAGAGCGUAUCGGCCGUAGUGACAGUCAGCAGCACAAUGAGUCCCUCAGGGCCACUUCAGAGCCCCAGGGACAGGGGGCCCGUCUCAUCCAGUGCCUUUACCCAGUGUCCGCCUCCAGCUCCAGGCCAAGCAGGGGCCAACACCCGCCCUGUGUGACCCACCAAGCACUCAGCCCUCAGCCAGGCACGGUACCCUGUCAGUCAGAUGCCUCACAGAGGGGAUGACCGGCUCUUUCCUUUUUUCCACUUUCUCCUCCAUCUCUUCCUCCUCACUACGCACAUAACAUCAAGCAAGGAUGACUCGACAGUCUGUGUCUCUGCCUUAAAAAUCUGCAAACACUCCUCGUGACCCAACUGAAAAAGAAUAUCUGUACAGACAAAAAAUAACUCUCAUUUCCUUUUUCUAUCUGUUUGCAAGAGUAUUGUGAUUUGCUGUACAAUGAAGACGUGGAAAAAUCAUGUGAAACUUUCUGUGAUUCAGUGUCCCAAAAAGAGGCUGAGCCGUGUUUUAUACCGCAUCUUCUUUCUCACCAGAUGAAAUGUGGAAGUGAGCUCAUACUGUAAGCCCCUUCAGAGCUUUUCUGGAUGAUUGUCCAUUUUCACACACACACACACACACACACACACACACACACGCAGCUUUCAGACGGUAAAACUCAUUUGGGGAAUGAUUGUAACACCUGCGACAUUUUAACCAUUUUCAGAAUUCAUGCACUUACCAGAAAAUAACUGUUUAGGUACGCUAAGUGUCAGGGCCAAAACAUUUUGUCCACCCUUCCUGCUACUAAAAUUGCUAGAUGGCAAUAAUGGAACACAAAGCACACUUGAGAAAUCAGUCAUUCUUUGUAAACAGCCUCAAAAAAAGUUAAAGGAGUAGUUCUGGGAAAUAUUUGCUUUUUUGAUAGGAGUUACAGGAGAAGAUCGAUGCCACUCCAAUAGAGGGGCAAGGUCCCUCUGCCUCCAGUGUCCCCAGUGGGAGCUUAUUUAGAAAAAAAAAAAAAAAAAAAGCAUGGAAGUCGAUAGCAAUGGAAAAAUAUUGUAAAAUUUGAAUUGUACCAUGAAUUGCACAUACGUUUGUCGAUUUUGCAGGUCAAGAAAGUCAUUAUUUGUUGUAGUACCAUUUAGUUUUGUAUGAAACCACUUAGUUGUCUCACACAAUACGUCACAAACACCAGCUAGCUAGCCAGGUAACUUGCCUAUGUUCCACACUCAAAUGUAACGUUAACUUACCUGAUGUGUUUAAUUCAGCAAUUCCUGGUCUUCCUGGUUGAAACAAUGAGCAAGACCCAAUUAGUGUAGUCUUUCUAAUUAAGUUUUUUUUACAGUCUUAAGCCCUGUUUCCACCAAACACUUUUAGUAUGGUACCUUUGGAACCAAAAGUAACCAUUCUGACAUGGUACCUAGGGCCGCUUAGUGUUUCCACUACAAACAGUACUCUUAAAUGUGGGUGGGGUCGUUGUCACUCACUGCUCCAUCCAGCACUCACUGUCACAAAGGGAAGUCCACACUUUGUUAGUGCAUUUAGUCCUUCUCAAGCAAGCGUAGGGGUUUAGUAGAACCCAAAGGAAUAACGCUCCACAAUGUUUUUUUUCUCCAAGUAAGUAUUAGAAUAUACACAGUUCACAUAAUCUGUUCGAAAAUAAUUUAUAGAUUUAAAUGCUUGAAGAUCCACUCAUUACUAGAAGUGUAUGUCAUCCAUGAGAGACAAGAAAAACAAUGGGAAUGGUCAAAGUUGUCAUAUUGAAAUUUAAGGUGUGCUGUUGGAUUUUGUUGUCAACUGAUACACUGACUAACAUUACAAGUAAAUGUUCCACCUUUAAAGUUGGCGGCAGUGAAUUAAAUUAUUUUUUCUCAGUCUACAGCUGCUGCAAGAGGCAGCAAAACAUCCUUUCAUUUUAGAGUUUACACAUCGAUGUAAGACUUGCCACAGUACAAAUGUAACAUUGAGUUGCUUGAUGCGUUUUAUCCAGGAACCCCAGGUCUUUUUAUCAGCUGGGAAGCAAAAAAACAAGCUAGACGCAACUUGUGUAGUCUUUCUUUUUUUGUUUUCUGUCUUUUCAGCUAACAGUUUUACAAUAAAGUUCAAAAUGAUCUUUUCAUUGACAAAUGGUACAAUUCAAAUGGGAUCAAAAAAGUAUUUGUCGCUCGCCAUUAACUAUAGUGCAUAUUUUUUUUUCCACUGGAAGGGAAAGGACUUCGACUAAGUGUGUAGCUUGUUAGCUUAGCUCAGCAUAAGAACUAAAACCGGGGAACAGCUAGCGUGACUGUUAAAAAAGGUAAACAUAUUAGCCUAGCAGCACCUCUUAAGAUCACUGAUUAGCAUAACACAUUUUUUAUGUUUAAAUUGUACCAAAAGGCAGAUAUUUUUACAUUCAGACUUUUUCUCCUGAAUUUUCCGCCUUAUUUUGGUCUUUAAGCUAAGCUAAGCUAACGACGGUAGCUUCAUAUGUAGCGUAUAGACACAAGAGUGGUAUCACUUAUCAUCUAACUCUCAGCAAGAAAGUGGAAAAACAUAUUUCCCAUAAUGUCCAUCUAUUCCUUAAGUAAACUGUAUAGAUUUACUGGGAAAGUGCUCUCCCAUUUAUUCAGAAAAGGAAAAUAACUACUCAGUACACAUACACACUCGCAUACACACACACACACACUACAGCCUUAACGUGGAAGCUGUGUGGACAUUCAAAUGAGUGAAAAUAAGAUUUUGAAUAGCGUCUGAAUGUCAGACAGACUCAGCUCAGCAGAGGUCUCCAUAGGUACGACAUUCAGGUUUGGUGUUGCAGCCCUCGUGCAGUAUUCUUCAACCCAAAGUCAUUUUCUUCCUCUGUCAUUUCUUCGUUUACGUUCAAACGUCGUGGCCUUUUAUUUGAACAAAAAAAAAGUAUUUUCAUGUUUCCACUUCGCUGGGUCAUGUCCGAACUUUUCUGUUGCAUUCAGAAAAUCUUGUAAAGAUUUUUACAUAAAGAAGUCUGACGGGCUAUAUUACAGAUGCCAUGAAACCAUGAUUUUGUUACGAGUAAUUUAUUUUUGUACUUACUGAACGUUUUUAUGCAAUACCACUGAAACAAGUACUAUUGCAAAUUAAAGGCUUUAUUCUCUCCUCAAAGGAGCCCUCCUCAGUCAGUCCUAUCAGACUCUCUCAUGUGUGAUGACUCAAAGUGCUUUCAGUGUACGCCUGCAUUUACCAUUUGAUAUUCUGCCGGUAAUGACGGUGGUAAAUGUCACUAAAACACGGGUGGCUGGAGCGGCUAGUACGAUUCAUACUGUAUUUGUACUCCUUAAAAACUAGAUCUGAGAAUACUGCCUUUCAUUUUUGGGUUAUUUUUCUUUACUUACACCACUCAGAAUCUCAGUUAGCCAUGCAUACGGUUGUCAGAGUUUAUGCUGUGGCUACAGCUCAAGAGCAGAGCUGUUUUUUUCCUGAUGGACUGCUUGAACUAAAAGGUGUGAUGAUCUUCUGAAUGAAUGCUCUGCCCCUUCUAUUAGUAACCUUUUCAUCCCAGCCUUUCACAUCUCGGGUUUUGCACAUUGAUCCUGUACUUUUGUCAAUCUUGUUCUCCAGAGGUGUUGAUGUAUUAAAGCAUGUUUCUGGUUUUAUCAAAAUUGAUGUAAAAUUUCCCAUGAGAAGCACAGCCACAAGGGUCCAAUCAUCAGUGUCCUGUAUUUUUCUAAUGUAAAAAAAAAUAUUAUCUCAUCAAAGAAUUUAUUAAUAUAUGUAUAUGUGUGAAAAGAUGGAUAUGAUAUAGAAUAAUAUGUGUAUUGCCCAAUCAUAGUUGACCAAUCUUUCAGUGUUGUGUGCAAGAGACUGUGUAUAAUUGUCAUAACUUGUAGGGCUGGAUUCGCACAGGAAGUUAAUUACUACUGUAACUGUGUCCCAGAUACUCCAAUGAGAUUAGAUUCACACAGAGCUAAAGACAGAUCUCACUUUUGUUCCUGUUUAAAUCCGGUGUGAAUGACUACGAUGAGGUUCACUGUGCACAGCUCCACAGGCGGGCCAUUCACUUUUAUGUGCAAUCGUUUGUUGCGAUCCAUGUGACAUGUUGGGGAAAAUAUUAACAAGCAAAAAAUACAGAUUCUCUAUGUGCCACAGUACUCUGAGACAAAAAUGUAUUACGAAAUGAAUAAAAUUUGCAAACUUAAA